CGCCUCUAGCACAUAACGAUGGCUCAGUGUUUCACCAUAUCGAUUAUUCGAACUUGUGUUGACGACACUAAAGAAAAUCACCAGCUAGAACCAAGCCUUCAAAAGAAGAAAAACUAUGGACAUCCUUCAAAGAGAAAUGAAACGUAAGAAGGAGGCUCUCCUCAAAGCAAAGAAAGAGGCAGAUGCUUCUUCUGAAACUUCCAGCGCCGGUGAUGGGAGGAAGAAGCGCAAAUACUUGAAAGUUUCCGAUCUUCGUAGGAUCGAGGACGAAGAGCAAGAAGAGAAAGAGAAAAUGCGCUGGGACCGGAACACCAAUUCAAAUAGGAAGGCUGUGUCGAUAUCAUCGGCAUCGAAGGAAACAGACGAUGACGAUGCAAUCAGUCAAGCACGAAUGAAAUUUAAGAAUGCAAAGAAAGGCAAGUCAUCGACAACCUCUUCGCCAUCUUCAUCACCUGCGGCGACGGUCAGAGACAAGAUCGAUUCUUCACCAGCUUCUAUAACGCAGAAACUUCGCGAAAUGGGUCUUAUCGUACGAUACUUUGGAGAAGGAAACACGGCUCGUUUGGAACGACUGAAAAAUGCCCUUGAGUAUCAAUCCAAAACUUUAGAGGGUCUAUCGGAACUGGAGGAAUUUCGACUUGGAAAGGGUCAUGGAAUUCGUAAUCCCUUCUUGGAAAAUGAGAAGCAGUUUAAGAAUAAUCAGCAUCAAAUGCCGGGCAUGGGGAUCAAUGACAAAGGAUCACUCGAAAACUCGAGACUGGAAAGAAAAAAACAAGGCAAGGGGAAACAUGCGACAAAAUCCGAUGUAGAUGGCGAGAACGAGGAAGAUCAAUCAGAUCCUCCAAAGUUCAUAUACAAGUACCUGAAAGGUUUAUUGAAAGAAUGGGAGGUCGAGUUGGCAGAAAGAGCCGAGUCUGUAGCGAGAUCUGUGGCGGGUAGGAACGAAUCAAAGACUCUGAAGCAAUGCAAGGACUAUAUCCGACCACUUUUCAAACUAUUGAAGAGCAGAAAACUGGAAGAAGGACUGCAGUUACAUUUGCUGAAAAUUGUCAAGUUUGCCAAACAAGGGGAAUUUGUCAAGGCGCACGAUUCCUAUAUUGAUGUUGCGAUUGGGAGAGCUGCCUGGCCUAUCGGAGUUACCAUGGUCGGUAUUCACGCUCGCAGUGGACGUGCUAAAAUCGAGUCUGCGAAUGUUGCACACGUCAUGAACAGUGAGCUCCAACGCAAAUAUCUCACGUCUGUAAAGCGUCUUUUGACUUUUGAUCAAAACAGACGAACGGACGUUGAUCCCUCCAAAAAGGUGAGGUGAUAAAAAUCAUCACCUCCGGAUUUACGAGGCAAAACAUCUGGUCAUAUUACCGUCAUAUUACCCUUUCGUCUUCAUCUCAUCGCACGAGAUAGGUAGUUUUGAGCUUACAAUCCAAAAAAAGGCAGAUUAAUUGU